AUUUUACAAUAGUCAGCUUUAAAUUAGGCUUUAAUAAGAUAUGUAUAUUUAAUAAAUAUAUUAUCUAUCUACAGAAACUGUAGCGUCAUGGUUUUAUGUAUAAUCUUUCACCAUAGACCAAAAUAUAAAAUCAUAACGCUGUACAGUUUCUGCAGCUAUCAGGGGUCCCGAGUCAACAUGUCAAUGUGUUUAUACUCAGUACCCAGAACAUUGAAUGUUAUGCAGCAAUAAGUUGCAGCAAACGAGGUCAUUAUAAUUACAUGUAUAUAAACAUAUCAACCGUAGAGAAAAUACGUCUUUACUUUUUCGUGUUGAGGGAACAAAAUAAGCUGGAGUUGGUGUAAGUCACGGAUAUUAGUCCACAAGUCAGUCAGUUUUGACGAUGAGUAAUAUAACAGAUUACAAUGAGGUUUGUAAGACGUACGACAAGGGAAGACGAGCAGCGGGCGCCUUUGUCCUUAAAUCCCUAAUGGAGAAUUUUACUGGAAAGAGCAUUCAUGACAUGGAUAUUCUGGACGCUGGCUGUGGGACAGGUAAUUAUGCGAGUUAUUUCCUGGACCAAGAACCCCGCAGCUUGACUCUUGUUGACGCCAGUGAAGGGAUGCUUAGCGUAGCCAGAUGGAAAUUACAAUCCCAAAAUCUGAAGUCCAAGCUUAGCUUCCAAACAGGAGUGCUUCCUAUUAUUCCUUUUGAAGAUAAUUCUUUUGACAGCGUUAUGAUAAAUAUGGUACUACAUCAUUUAGAGAUAAAUCCUGAUGGGAAAACGUAUCCAAACACAGCAAAAACGAUGAAAGAAGUUUUUCGAGUUUUAAAACCAAGAGGCGUGUUGACUGUUACCACUGCAACUCCUGAGCAAGUAGAGGCCCACUGGUUUGGUCAUUUGGUUCCAGGGCCAUUGAAACAAUACGCCAAGAAAUUCCCAUAUCAUAAGCAGAUGAAGGACAUAUUGACCGAGGCGGGGCUAACACUGAAGGCGGCUCUCAACACGUUAACUACAGAUUAUCACCCCGGACACAGUAACUUGGAGGGACCGUUACAAGAAGAUUGGAGGAAGGAUUUGUCAUUUUGGGACACGUGCUCUGAGACCGAAAUUCAAGACAUGAUACAGAGAGUGCAGAAAAUGAAGGAGGAAGGAACUCUGCGUGACUUUUAUGACACUCACGAGAAAACUCACAUAUACGGGGCAUUGCAGAUCCUUGCCGCACAAAAAUAAAUGUUUGAGUUGAGCUACUUGUAAUAAUUUGUCGAUGAGCAUGCAUUAUAAUAUACUCUGAAAAAAAGUGAAUUAAUUGGCAUAUUGUAUAAUAAAUACACGAUUUAUAUUUAAA